AUGGCUACGGGCUACUGGCUUAGUGAGCAAUUCUUGGCCAGAAUGCAUGUCGGCACCAUCGCUGAGGUGCGGGCCCUGUCGACCGAGAUGAUUGUCGACGCCACCACAAUGGAGCACAGUUUCUGGUUCUAUCCUACCCUGGACUACUCCGCCAUUCCCGAGAAGUACCUCUCAAGUGUGAAGCAGACCGCUCAGACAAAAUCCCGAUCAUCACUAGUCUCAACGGAGAUGAAAAAUAGUGCCACCGAAUCGGGGUUCACCACUGUCAAGGCCAUCAUUAAGACCGUCAACUCGACCUAUGGUAUUUGUGCUCUAGAUUUCCUCGAGGUGUACCAGCACGCCAAUGCUAACCAAGUUUUCAUGACUUGGCAAGCUGAACUGAAUGUUAUCCUGCACCCCUAG